AUGGCGAAGUAUCUUGCUGGUACGCGAGGGCAGAGCAGAGUAUCUCUCUUUAGCUGUGCGCUCUGGACCGUGACCGCUUGCAUGGUGACACUGCUGUUUGUUAGUCUGCCGACACAUGCGGCAGCCGUCGUUGUGGACCCGCCUAUGCCAUUAUUGAAUGUUCCCUUUAAUGUGACCGCUGACUUUAUGCAAGCGGGAAAAAAUUUGUUCUUAUCAAGCGCCUCAUCGUGUGAGGAGUCAAAAAUGGUGGGCUCCUUCUGCACCCUGCCGGCAAGCCGCACCUGUGAGUUCACCGUGCCCCCGGCGAGCGUCGGCGUUAGUGCCGAGUACGACAAGGAGGUUCCACUGCUCUACGUCUGCUCCAGUGCCGUUCCUGCAAAGUGCAUCCAGACACUGCAAGUUCACGUUAUAGAUUCCGUCCCGCGUUACGUCUUUACGGGGGUGCCGUCUACGCUGGCGCUGGGGAAUGCGACACCCGUGGGCAGUGUCAUCGGCUUCUUUGUUGACAGCGACUGCAGCUCUCCGUUUCUUGACAUGCUGGCCGUGAAGCUGGGUGAGGACAGGAGGUUAACCUUGACUGUCAGUUCCAGCCGCAUCAUGCACUUCUGCGCGCGUAUCCCACAGGGGCCUACUGGGGAGCUGUCGGCGUUUUUACAGGCGGCGACCGUGGUGGCAUUCGCGCCCUUUUCCGCGAGUGGGCCAGGGGCGGUCCGAUACACCACGUCAACCUUCGUCUUAAGCGAAUUUAAUCAGAUCCCAUUUGCCAGUUUUUCGCGUUCCGUGUUGUGUGAUCCGCUGCUGCAGGAGCCGGUGUCGAAUGGAAUGCUGCAGCGUGUCACGCUCUUCGUAUAUGUGCCCCGAGGGGAGUACUACCUGUGCACGGGGGUGCCGUAUUACAUGUCCACCCGGGUCUUUAUGCCCUCGAGCAGCCUCAUCCAAAUUAAGGAGUACGGGUUGCAGCCGCACACGAUGUACACCGCCCUGCCCACCAACGUGACUCUCGCGUUGGACGCGGCGUCAAUGCAGCAUGACACCGGCACCACCAUCGCACUCUUUCGAUCCCCUGAUUGCAGGCAAGACAAUGUCCUCCCCUGGCGCCCGUCGCGGGAGUGGACCGUGACCGAUCCGGGUUUGUACUACGCAUGCAUAAGGGCUACAGGGCAAAAAGGAAAAGUCAACGUGCUUGCGGCCAACGUGACGGUGAUGACCAGACCCACGACGGCGUCGUCGCCGUCUCCCGCCGUUAGAGGCGUGGACACUGUCGUCACACUGGGCAAUCGCGCGGCGUCCAUCCCUGGCGCCAUUGUCGUGGGGUUAUCCAUGACGUGGGACUGCUCUCAGCUGGUCUCCAGGGCCACCACGACAGAGACCGGAGACAAGGUCACCCUCCGCGUCCCAGAGAACGCGCUCCAGACGAUGUCCCUCUGCGUCUCAACCCCGUUCUCCUCGAAGCCGCUGCCCCCGGGUGAGGCUCCAGAUCGUGGCUACGCGUAUCUCUUGGACAAAAUUACGACUCGGCCGUAUGCCCUGAAAUACGCUGCCCUCUUUGCAGGGAAGGCGGGAAUCGUCACAUUUGAUCCGGGGGUGCAGUUUGAGGCAGGGGCGAAGGGGGUGUUUGCCAUGGACGCAUGCACCAAGGCCGUUGGCGUCGAAUUCGCGAUGAAUGAGACUUAUGCGAAGAGAGUUGUGCUCCCAUACGCUGGGAAGUACUCACUCUGCGUAAAGGUGCCGCGUGACGCAUCCUUCACCCCUUUAGCUUCAGUUGUGGUGUACGGUGCGGUGGCAUUGACCCCCACCUCCAUUCUUGCGGACGCCACCACAGAUGUUUUGGUGUCGCAGGUCCCCCCGGUUGCCCCGGUGAGGAUCGUUGCCGCAGCUGACUGCAGUGCUGUCCCAGUGGCUGAAGGAACGGCGAGCGGGAGUGGGACGUCGGAGCUCCGGGUGUGGUACGCCACAGCGACCAACCUGACCGUGUGUGUGGGGUAUCAUGGAAAUGACAUCGGGGGAGACUGGAAUGUAAUCCCCGUCGGAAUUUUGCCCGUGACGAGCGUUUCUCUCCUUCCAAAGACCGUGAUUGUGAAUAAGCAAAACCGUGUGAAUUUCGUUGUACCCGACGGCGCGGCUCUCGCCGGAUUUCGCGUCGUUGCAGUUCGUGGAGCGGGGGCGUCAUGCGCGUCAGCGCCCUCGGGACCGACGCUGCCUGUCACUGUCCCCAAACACGGACGGGCAUUUGUUCUCUUUACACCACCUGAAGUCACAGUCUGGACGCUGUGUGUGGGGAACUCCCUCGGCGCGUUCAGCCCCGCUGGAGGUGUUUCUUCUGUGGAGCCGUUGGCGAUGACUACAAAUCCCUCGCCAGGCGCCGCCGGAUUGCCUGUCACGAUGAAAUUUGACGGGGCGUCAUGGCAGGCGCUCAACCCAACACGAUUUGCAGUUACAGACACGGAGGACUCGUGUGCAUUUGCCAGUGAGGACAAAGUUCCUCCCACCUAUGGGGAGGGCUCUAUUGACGCCGCCAGUAGGGUCAGCAGCUCAUUUUUGACGACGCAAACCGGCACAUUGACAGUCUGUGUUGGAUGGGAGGAUGAGGCGGGAAGCUUCUUUGUCUACGGGAGCACCAUAAAACUUGUGACGUUCACGUCCCUUUCUAGAUAUGUCAUCCGCAACUCACCGAAUAACGUUUCAGCGUACCCAAUCAUUGAUGGGUGCUCUCUGUUCCUUGUGCACUGUGCCACGGAGGACAUGUGCGGCGCCCCCAUUUCAUCGACCGUCUGCUUGCAUGCGACACGACGGUACCACACAAGUUCCCUGGUUCCUCUGCAAGGUGCCCCGCUCGGGCAGUAUGUGCUGUGCCAGGAAGACGUGCACCAACACGAAGUCGCGGCCUCGCCUGUGCUUGUCACAGCGGUGGAUCCCUUUGCGGUGACCCUCGUGGAUACGGAGGUGCGACAGUACAGAGCGGCCGACGUAGCGGUGAGCGGGGGCGACACACGCACCCGCACGGACUCCAUUACCCUCUUUACGAUGCCGCCAGGUGUCUCCUGCGGCGCAACGGACGCACGACGCGAGGAUACGACGCUUCCUGCGGGCGUUUUCAACGGAACCAUCACCGUGACGAAGCUCACCCCCAUCGUGGAAGAGGUCCAGUUGUGCGUGGCCGCAUCCCCAACGGACGCGUUUCUCGCAACAACGUUCACGCUUCUCCCCUACAUGACUCCCGCGACGAUGCUUACGGGCCGCACCGUACACGUGCGCUCUGGCGUGUGGAAGGAAAAUGUGGUGGCCAAACUCACCGCCGCAGCGGACUGUGCGGGGAGUGUGAUGAGCGUUAAACCCGCGCUUGUCGCCGACUACGUCUCCGAGCUACGGGUGGACGGGUGCGCAGGCGGCAACCUGGAUCGCACCUCUGUGCACUACUGCGAAAGCCGCGAUGGUGGGAGCGUGUACGAGCACCGAGGGGUGAUGCCGCUCAUUCGCCUUCAGAGCUGCGACCGCGACCAUCCUGCCGCGAUUCUGCCUAUAAAAGUUCCACCGGCUAGACCUAUAGAGAACUACGGAAUCGACACAGCGCUCCUCGUAGGUCCGGUGCUUUCUAAAACGUCGGAUUGUCGGGAUUUGUUGCCGGGGGCACGCGGGUAUUCACCGAGGUUUGAUGAGACGGCAACAUUUUUUGUAUGUGCGCGCCCGAAGGGCGAUCGUCAAUUUGUGUUUACCAGCGACACUCCGACGCUUGAGGUGGAAAACUUCAAAGCCUCGCCGACGUCUAUUCCGAGUGAACUGUUCGACGGUGUUGGUGGCAAACUCCCUGUGCUGUUGAGGCUGAACUUCCGUACCGCCACAAAGGAGACCUACCUGAGCCGCAGCGCGAGCUGCGGUAGUUUGUUGGCGGCCGCAGCUGGUCUUGCGGAUGAGCCGCCACGUGCAUGUUUGGAGCUUACAGGGGUCUCGGGGGUGAAGUACGUGUGCGUUGCAAACCCUGACGGCGGCCCACCACAGCUGCCCGUGGCGGAGCUUCUGGUUGUCAAUCCUCCCGUUUCCUCCUUGUUGGAUCCCAUACUCGUGAUCGGCGCCCCGUUCCGUGUGACGUUGCGGGUGGCCACUGAGAGCGGUCAACCACGGCUCUACUCGCUGGUGCCAGGGGGCGACGCCAAGAGUGUGUUUGCGCCCUUUUACGCCUCCUUUUUCCGUGGCAUUUUCCUCUCGAGUGACGCAUGCAGAAGCGUUGCCACGGGCAGUGCCCUGACGUACGUUGGGAGCACUGGACGCGCCGCCCUGCCCACGGCGGACAUCUCCGGUGGGCCGCCGUCGCUCUCGGUCUGCGCAGGCACCCCCGCAGGGAACCUUUCCGCCGUCAAGGACAUUCCAAUCUCCACCGUCAUCAUUUACCCCGCGCAGUUUGUUGUUGGCGCCGACAUCGAUGUGUAUGUCCCACUCACCCCAAAUGGGGUGUUCCACCUGCGACGAGAUCCCAGCUGCGGGGGCCCGGAGGUUGUCCCGUCCUUCACAACGAACACGGAGGCGCAUGGUGUGGUGCACUUUAGACGCUCCGCAGACGACAGCUUACCCGCUAUCGGCCAGUGGACGCUCUGCCUGGAAACUCACCCGGCACCUAAAGGAAAUUCCUCCGUGCUCCCGGCAUUGCGUCUACAGCCACUGACGACGAUUGAGGCGGUGAAGCCUGUGCACUACGAUGUUCGGGGUCGCGAUGUUGUUCUCUGGGUCGACAGUCCCUUCUAUUUGCUAAAUGAUUUGUGGAUUCCAAACUUGCUCCCUGGCUUUAGCACAGACCGGGGUUGCAGGGAGCAAGCGACCAGGUAUGGCUCCUGGAAGGCAGCUAAAGACCCGAAGGGCCGUGGACUGCGACGCAUUGUUGUCUACGCGUAUGAGCCUGCCGGCCCCUUGUACCUAUGUGCGGCUGUGCCGGUCAACAACACCGUCGCGGCUGUUCCCUACACAGGUGCAAUUCGCUUUCUGCCACCCAAGUUCUCCCUGCCGGUUACGGUUUCACGUUGUGCGGCCUGGCAUUUGAGCUCCUGUGCGCUUCCGGAUGUAUCCCCGCCGGGGGCAUUCAUGACGGUUAUUAAGGGGGAUUGCUGCAGACUUAUUGAUCGUUUGAACACCGUCGGAAGCCUCACCCGGGACAGCGACAACACAUGCCGCCUGCAACUAGACGCGGCACUGGUGAAAGAUUACCCCAGCAACGAGGAGUUCAGCGUGUGUGCGUUGCACGCCGGCGAUGCCUCCUACUGCACCACCCUGGGCACCGUCCAGGCGAGCAACGAAGGAUGCUUUGAGGGAACCACCACCACUGGCACCACGCUAAGUACCAGCAUGCUUAUUGCCAUCAUUGUGCUGUGUGUGAUUUUUGGACUCCUGCUGCUCGUACUUUUGCUCUGCCUGCUCCUGCGAUGCCGCAACCGAGAGCAGGACAAGGAACGGGACACCUACCUGGCCUAUCCGCAGUUGCAUGGGAGCGAGACAAACCCUUUGACGAUAUGCACCUCAAGUACAAGUCCUCCGCGGGCGCCGAAGGAGUCCCUGUUUCUCGCGACACGUGGGAGCCACUCCUUUGGCGUCUCCCAAAACAACUUCGCUGGUAGCAGCGCCACGGACACCAUCUUGCUGCAGGCGGCCGCGGCCGCGGCAACGGCAACGGGCGCGCGGGAGGUGACCCGGAGGAGCAUGCUGGAGGGCUUGGAGGAGGGCGAGCGGGACCAGGUGAGGCUGGAGGAGGCGCGGGAUCGGUACAACCUUCGCCUCGCGUGCGCCGAGGAGCAGGAACGCGUCCGGGUUGCGGCGAAGGAGCAGGAGUUUAACUUCGAGUACAGCGGAAAUUGGACCAACCCGUUUGCCGCCAGCGGCGGCGGGGACGACCUCGCCGAGGGCCCUGCGCCCUCCGCGCCGAAGCCGGAGGAGCUGGACACCUUCACGGACACCGAGGACGGGCCGGAGCCGGGGCCCAGAGACGGGUACCUGACCUCCGUGGUGGAGCUUGCCCCGGCCCUGGCGCCGUUCCAGCACGACCCGUACCUGCCCGUCGAUCCAACGACGAAUUCGAUGGGUUACACGACAACGCAGCGGUUUCAUGAGGAAUGGCGCUUCCUCUUCGAGGCCGAGGGGGUGCGGCGGCAGCGCAUCUUCAACUAUGCAGAGGAGGAGUGGCAAAACCUUAUCGAUGCAGAGUUUAGCGAUUACGCCUACCUGCAGCAGGCGGUGUCAGAAAAGCCACUGCCGCCGCCGCCGCCGCCGCCGCCGCCGCCACUACCGCUCGCCACUGUUCUGCCCUUUGCGAUGCUUAUUGGUCAGCAGCAGGACGCCGAGAACAAAACCCACGUUCGUAGUGAUCUCAAUUGCAUUGACGAUGUGGAUGAUGUCUAUGACGCACCCAGUCAUCCUGCGCCGAUGCGGAAGCCCGAGAAAAAAGGCAGCGUGAAGAACGUCGGGGAUGAUCGUGUAAACACGGCACCCGCUACCCUGGCCGGGCGGGGCGCCCGUGUGUCUACCGCUGGGGAGGAUGAGCUGCUUUCCGGGGGAGAACGCCUUCGGUGCAUCGGGGCACUCAGGCGAAAAGACAACUGA